AUGAAACUCUCAAUAUCCUUGAACAAGCCCAAAGCCACUCAACCCAAAGCACCUAUCCUACGGCCCUCUGCUUUCUCAAAUGAUAUCGAUGACGAGGAGGGUCAAGAAAGUGAGAACCCUGGGCCUUCAGGCCCUGUCUCUCACAAUGUUGAAACGUCGAAGGCUAUGAAGAAGCGAAUGGCAGCUGAGAAACGCGUCGACGAGACCGUCUAUGAAUACGAUGAAGUAUGGGAUAAAAUGCAAGAGGCCAAACAACGUCUACAAGCUGCUAAGGAGGCAGAAGCAAGUGUACGAAAGCCGAAAUACAUUCAAAGCCUACUAUCAUCUGCGGCAACGCGAAAACUAGAUCACCUGAGAGCCGAGGAAAAGAUGAUGCAACGAGAGCGUGAAGCUGAGGGUGACCUUUACCAGGAUAAGGAGGUUUUUGUCACCCAAGCGUACAAAGAUCAAAUGGAAGAAGUUCGGAAGGCCGAGGAAGAAGAAAAACAGAGAGAAGAAAAUCGGAAAAAGCAAGGGAUGCAGUCAACUGGAAUGACCCAUUUCUAUCGCCAGCUAUUAGAAGACUCGGCCCAAAAACACGAAGCCACAGUCGCGGCAACUGAAAAACGGUUCAUCGGUCCUCAAGGCCCCACUCCCAAUCUUACCAUUACUAAACCGGCCAACUUUACUCCAUUGGCAGACGUCGAGCUCGCGAAGAUAGCACGAGCUGAAGGCAAAGAAGUCGAGUUGAAUGACGAUAAUCAAAUCGUCGACAAAAGAGAGUUGCUUUCUGCUGGACUGAACUUGUCUCUUCCAAACACAAGACAUCUUGGACUUCGGCAUCCAUCCAACAAACCUAAAGAACAGUCAGAACAAGCGCCCCAAAUCCAUCGUGCCGUAGGAACGGCUGCUUCUAGGAAAGAAAUAAACGAACGAAGAACAAGAGAAAUUCAACAACAGCUGGAAGAAGAGCAACGCAGGGUCGCGCAAUCGAAACAGGAGGCCGAUGAAUUGGCUCGACAAAGAAUUGUUACGAAAAGAAACAAUGAAGAUGACGUCAAAAGUGCUCGUGAGCGCUACCUCGAAAGAAAACGCAGAAAAUUAGAACAAGAACAAGCAGAACAAAACUAA